AUGCCACCUCUCGUAGUGAUCCGGAGCGGCUGCAAGCACGUUGAAUACCUGGAGAAUCGCAGUGCCUGGCGACGUGUGCCACGACCAGAUUGUCCUAGCGACGGCGAUAACGAACAUGCUGAUGACGAAGAUGACGAGGAACUGCUGCGUCAGGCAGAAGAAACGUGGGCUUGCGUCAGCAACAACAAUUGCGGCAAAGUUUUUGAUUUUUCACGUGAGCGAUGUGAUGUGGAAGGGAUGCACACCUUUCGCUGUGCUGACUGCGGCAACGUGGUGGCCGACUACGAUGAUGUUAUCUCCAAGACCUUUUUUGGUCGCACUGGCAAGGCUUUUCUCAUGAAUAACAUGUACAAUGUCCGUGUUGGUCCCGCUCGCAAUCGCUUCCUGAUGACUGGAAUCCACUCCAUCGCUGACGUGUUGUGUAGUCAAUGUGACUUGGUGUUGGGUUGGAAAUACCUGAAAGCCAUGGAGAGCUCCCAGAAAUACAAAGAGGGCAAGUUUAUUCUGGAGCAUGCAGUUAUCCAGGAUGAUUCAGAAGAGCAGACCUGGAAUCGGUUCUAG